GGUUGACAGAGUAUGGAAGUUCUAAAUGUUCUCCUCUUCCUGUGGGCCCUGGAAUCUGUCACAGAGGCGCAACGCAGGACAAGACAUGGAGGUGGAACAUUCAGUGUUUAUCCUUCACGAGGUGUGGUUGUUCCUCACGGCUUCUCACUGCCCCUGCCGAGAACCAAAGCGCCAUUUCGACACCGAUUCCACACCAGUGAAGCGUCUACGGGAUCUGGACCCGGAAGAAACUUCCCUUUGACCUAUAUUCCGGAAACAAUGUCCCCAGCACCCACAGCCUUAAAGGCAGUGUUCCACUGGUGUUCCGUUCCGGGAGAUAUGUUCCAAUAAGUUUCAGCUCUGUAAAUGGAAUCUUGCCUCAAAAUAUUGGAAAUAUGAACACAGGAGAGAGACACAGUUGGAGAAAUAGUCUUCAUUUUAAUUCCGGAAACACGUUUCAGGGUAAUAUACGGAAUAACUUGAACACCGGAAACAGUAUUCAGCCAUGGUUUAACAAUGGAGACUGGUCGUUGAACACCGGAAGUAAGUUCAAUACAUUGUUUAGUACCGGAAGUAUUAACCCUUUUCUUAAUAACGAUCGCGAUGUCCCAACUUCCGGCAAUACUGAAACGAAAAGUCAGACGCAGCUCGCUCCUGGAAGAAACAACUCCUCAAAUUUUAUCGUCAAAAACAACAUCACGCCCAUCGAUAUUUCUCAACACGGGAGAAACAUAGAAAAUCAACUUUACAGCAAACUCGAUUUCUUGGAUUCGUCAGAAGGAGGAAAUGUAGACCUUGGAGUCAAACAAUUUUCUGCCUUUGGAUUUCCAUUGGAAUCUAAACCUCCCUCACUUCCAUUCGAUACAAAGAAGAACCAAGUCGAUACUUUGUUAAAGUUAAGAGCAACCCAGAUAAACCAGUUCGCUGUGCCAAAGGAUUCCAAUCAUUUUGGAUCAACAGAAUUGUUGGACGGAACAGUCUCUGGAACGACGGAUCCAACGUCUUUACCUAAAGGAAGUGGUUCUCCAGAUAUGACACAGAUUACUGCCGCGGAGUUCGGCAAUGCUUCUCCAGAUAUGACACAGAUUACUGCCGCGGAGUUCGGCAAUGCUUCUCCAGAUAUGACACAGAUUACUGCCGCGGAGUUCGGCAAUGCUUCUCCAGAUAUGUCACAGAUUACUGCCGCGGAGUUCGGCAAUGCUUCUCCAGAUAUGACACAGAUUACUGCCGCGGAGUUCGGCAAUGCUUCUCCAGAUAUGUCACAGAUUACUGCCGCGGAGUUCGGCAAUGCUUCUCCAGAUAUGACACAGAUUACUGCCGCGGAGUUCGGCAAUGCUUCUCCAGAUAUGACACAGAUUACUGCCGCGGAGUUCGGCAAUGCUUCUCCAGAUAUGACACAGAUUACUGCCGCGGAGUUCGGCAAUGCUUCUCCAGAUAUGACACAGAUUACUGCCGCGGAGUUCGGCAAUGCUUCUCCAGGCAUGCCACAGAUUACUGCCGCGGAGUUCGGCAAUGCUUCUCCAGAUAUGACACAGAUUACUGCCGCGGAGUUCGGCAAUGCUUCUCCAGAUAUGACACAGAUUACUGCCGCGGAGUUCGGCAAUGCUUCUCCAGGCAUGCCACAGAUUACUGCCGCGGAGUUCGGCAAUCUUGCUGUUCUUAGAGGGUCAAAUAAUUUUCAAGUAGCAGGAGAAAACGCACGAAUACUUUCUCCAUCCUGGCUAAAUCAACAAGCUGGUGACAGUUUCCGGAACAUUCCACAACCACUGCGUAGUCUGAGCAGAGGUGUGAAUGUACCUAUUACAACAAAGCUACCAUUUCGACUAGAAUCUCCACACAGAUCACAGCCACCCUUUUCAGCUAUUCCGCCUCGACACCCGCUCAAUCCAACAACAGCUUUCGAUUUGAUGAGUAACAUGGCGGGUCCUUUUCACGACCCGCUCAUGGUUUUUGGUUUAAAUAAAAUACUAGAUCUCGACAUCACAGAUAAUACCUUCUUUAAAGCCAUUUCGAAUCCGAUCAGCGCCAAUGAAGCUUUACAGAUGAGAAUUCAUGCGACGCCAUCUAUAAAUCUUAUGGCGUCGUCCAAUGACCACACAAGUCCGUUCCUGCCGCCAUCGCCCAUUUCGCCUCAAAAUGACAUCAUGAACGCUCCUCUGAUCACCAAUAAUGACAUCCGUACGGGACCACAUCUCUUCCAAGCUCCUCAUGACGCCAAUGCGAGAUCGGCAAAUAGUGUAUUGCCGCCUGGAACUCUUCAAUUCCAUGCACAGCACAGCGGACACUUUUCACGUAAUCCAUUCCUUGUAAACUCCAACCCAGUCAUGACCCAUUCAACGAGUCCACCCGGUGUCCAGUUCCUUUCACGAACAAUUCCAAGAAUGACAGAAAAUGGCUUCUCUAGAAAUUUGUUGCAAACACAUUCCUUGUUCGAUCCAGUCUUUGGAAUAACGUUUGGAGAUUCACACGACCCCGUGGUCAAGAAAACCAGGAUUCACAAGGAAAGUGGUGACAGAAACAUCUCCUUGGGUGAAAAAAUGUCCAAACCUGUCAAUAUCCAUACUGUAUCUAAACCCACUAACUUAACGAAGAUGACGUCAACAAAAACUUCACGUCAGUAAAUAUCACUAUUACACAUCACAACAUCUUAGAGAACGCUGUACUGUUGUGUAUAACUAAUGAGUGGGUUAAUUUGUAAUUAAUUUUACAUUUAUUAUGAUUAUUAAGAGUUAUUUCCCUUUUAUUAUUUUCCGGAUAUUAUGUUUUGGUUUCUUUUUCAUUUGAUUAGUGUUAACCAUUUUCCGGAUAUUUUGGUUCCUUGUUCUUUAUUAUGUUCCCUUAUUUGGUUCCUUGUUAUUAUUAUGGAUGGGGCCGCGGUGGCCGAGUGGUUAAGGUGUCCCGACACUUUAACACUAGCCCUCCACCUCUGGGUUGCGAGUUCGAAACCUACGUGGGGCAGUU